AUGUGUACUGGGACAAGCAGCGUAGGCAGGACGAAUAUGAGUGUGCGGCGGACUGGUGAUGACAGAGUGUCACUUUGCACCAAAUCUCGGCGGACGGGUCGAAGACGGCCCGGCUCGGUGAGGUAUGGUGUGAUGUUGGUGCUGUUGUUAGUGCAACUGCAGCUUAGCCUAGCCCAGGGAACGGAGGAGUCCGACUUUACGAAACAGUGCAGCAACUGCAAGUGCAGUUGGAAGAGUGGUCGAAAAAGCGCGGACUGUACGAACCAACGGUUACCCGUAGUGCCGCAGGAGUUGAGCAACGAACUGCAAAUCCUCGACCUGUCGCACAAUCAAAUUGACGAGCUGCCAGCGAAAACGUUCGAGUCGUCACAGCAGACAAAUCUACAAAAGCUUUACCUUCGCCACAACGGUAUGAAGCGAGUCGAUAGGGACGCGUUUCGCAAUCUGACCAUCUUGAUCGAGCUCGAUCUAGCUAAUAACAAUUUGACCGCACUCGAGGCCGGUGUGUUUGACGACCUUACCAAGAUACGAGUUAUCAUCCUAAACAACAAUCAGAUCGAGCGGAUCGACAAAAGUCUCUUCAACGGAUUGCAGUACUUAACAAAGGUGCAUCUGCGCAGUAAUCGGCUGGUGCGGAUAGCACUGAACAGCUUCAUCAACGUACCGAACCUAUCGCAGAUCGAGCUCGACUAUAACGAGCUACAGGCGCUGCGUAAGGAAUCCUUCUCGGGGCUUGAGAAGCUGACGAGCCUAUCGCUCACGAACAAUCCCUGGAACUGUAGCUGCACAUUACGCAGCUUCGCCGAGUACGUCCUGGCGAAGAAUUUGUACACCUCGCCGACGGCUUGCAGCGUGCCGAAAGCACUCGCCGGACGCCAGUGGAACGAGAUCGAGCUAGAUGACUUUGCCUGCCCGCCGAGCAUCAUCGAGAACCGGAUGCAGUUCCCGGGUGUGGGCGAAAAUGCAACUUUCAUCUGCAAAGUAACCGGGCUGCCAUUGCCCAAAAUCGAUUGGUUGUUCCAGAAGCGUUCGUUCUCGCGGCACGAUCAACGGUUGCGCGUUACCGAGGCGGUGCGAACGAACGCUCGCGAUCAGAGCGAAGUGCUAGUGUCGGAACUGACGAUCGUUGGCGUGCGUCCUUCGGAUCGAGGAACGUACGUGUGCAAAGCAACGAACCGGGGUGGAAUUGAUGAAAGUGAGCAAUUUUUCGAUCUAAAAGCAGACCCUCACCCAAUCACCUCGGCGACACGCUCGAAAGACAUCCUACAGAUCGUACUGAUCGUGGUCGUGCUCAUACUACUUCUCGUGGUCAUAGCGUGGGUACUACUUUACUGCAUCUGCUGCAGAAAGCGUCGGUUUAAGAAAAAUUCUACGAUGAGUGAAAAUGGACUGAUGAACACGAAGAUGAUGGACAAAUCGCAGAAUGACUCGAUCCUGGACAGUGGGUCGGUCAUUGUGGAGAUGCAAAAGAGUCUGCUGACGGAGGUAAACCCGGUGGAAAAGCCACCGCGUCGGGUUGAUAUUGAUGCAGGGGAAAAGGGACCGGGUAGCGGUGGGCAGAGUGGCGCCGGCGGUGACUACGACGAGAAACACGAAGCCAAACGGACACUGCUGGAAGAGACUGGUUUUGUCGCCCAGGAUGAGGAAACAGCUUCGGUGGCGCUGUCGGACACGAACCCGCGCUCUCGUGCCACCUUCGUAGAUGACGGUUGCGGGACCAAUCUGCCGCCGGACCUGCUAGCAUUCCCGGCCCGCUUCCCCCAGUCGCCCUCGAUACAGAGCUCGAUGUCGAACAUCCACGAUGGGCGCAUCUACGGUAAAUCGCCGCUGGCUAGCCCGAUUUACCAGACCGGUCCGGGCACGAGCCUGGGUGGGGCCGGAUCGGCACAGAUGCCGGCCGGUUUCCGCACGCUGCAGCACCCGAAAACGGGUCGCACGAUAGCGAUUGCGGCAGCCCGUUCCAACUCGCCGUUCACACCGGCACCACUGAUCUAUCCACCGGUGGCGCUAAAACACCAGGGCUACGUGACAAUCCCACGCAAACAGCGUACGCCUAGUUGGACACCCUCGAUGAGCUCAGCGGUGACAGCGGAACUACUACCGGCCGGUGGCCAUAGUGGAGCAACCAGUCCCACCUCUCCCAUCGACAUGUCGCUCAGUGUGUGCGAACCGGUAUACGACAACCUGGGGCUUCGAACGACCGCCUCCGGCAAUUCGACUCUCAAGCUAAACAAAACAGCACACCGGGGGUCGCCGCUUGGGUCGACCGCAGCGGGUACCGCACUCACGUCGACCCCGUUGACAAAGUACAGCAUGAAGGACAGGCCGUUGCCGGCUACACCCGGUGGACAGACGGCAACGCCCAACGCCACAAUGUUAGGUCACGGCGGCGGUAACUACGAGGCUAUACCAGAGGCAAUGCCCUACGCGGGACAAUCAACGGCCUCUAGCUUGAGCGGGUUCGACCUAGAUCAGUCGUCCAUCUACGGUCCAGUGAUGACGUCGAAUCGGAGCAAAAUUCCACCAAGGCCACCGCCCAAACCGAAGAAGAAACCACCAUCGGUAGGCAUCGCGGCACCCGGUGACGAUCAACGCUCAACUCCGAGUGGCCAGGUUCCGAGUAGCAGUACCAACAACACCAGCACUAGCCCGCUGGUGGUAGAAGAGGGUGACGACGGUACUGAGGUCUAGUGGGAGCAGAGGCUCACC